CAGUGGACGAUGCACAGAGUCGGUCUGCCAGAAUCCGAGAAACAUCCAUGGGAAUUCACAGAAGCUCCCAGUUCGUGCUUAACUUUACUGCAUCACUGGGUCUGGUUUACCACUGAGACUGCAGCUUUAGAUCUAAAGAGCCUUCAAAUUAAAACUCUUGCUGAAAGGGAGCGCACCUCUGCCAACUCCUGUCACCACUCAGAGCACAUUGAUAUUCUGCAUAAUACUUCCUGAACUGGACUACAAUGCCGCUUGAGGGACAAGAAGAUGGAGCAGUAGAUGUGCGCCGUCGCUGAAGUUUAAAAGAGGGGCAUAAUCUCGUGAUACAAUCAGCCAACUUCUGCCAACCUGCUUCCUCUACAGCCACUCUGUCUCACCUCCCCGCCAGGAAGCAGUGCUGCAGUAACAAAAACCAGCAGGUCACAAGUGAGGGGUCAGGAGAUCCCUGAGCUGAGGAACGACGCGCAGAUCUCUAUCUUGUAUUUCAGUAUGUUGUUCACUGAUCCCCACUGCAUUGUAUUAUAAUGCGCAAAUGGAUGCUGACAUGGAACCUUCAAAAUCUGUUCCCGGGACUGUACCUGCAUGCAAUCUUUCUGUUUGGCAGUGUGUGUGUAGUCUACAGUGACUGCACCCCAGAACAACUUGCUGCCAUCAUGAACUGUUCCAAACACGAGCGCCACACCAGGAAUUAUGACUAUAUGGAGGGAGGAGAUGUGCGCAUACGACAACUGUUCAGUGGCACGCAGUGGUUCCUAACUAUUGAUGACUCCGGCAAUAUCAAUGGUACUCAAGACUCUACCAACUGCUACAGUAUCCUAGAAAUCAGGACAGUGUCCGAGGGAGGCAUACUGGCUAUAAAAGGCGUAAAAAGCCAGUAUUAUAUUUCUAUGAACAAAGCUGGACAGCUGCAAGGAAAGAGGAUCUACAACGACAACUGCAACUUUAAGGAGGUUUUCCUAGAAAACUACUUCAAUGCUUACUCCUCGGCCAAGUGGACAAAAAAAGAAAUGUUCAUAGCCCUGUCACAAAAGGGAAAGCCCAUGAGAGGGAAGAAGACCAGGAGGGAGCACAUUGCAUCUCAUUUCAUCCCUAUGAAAUGCAAGGCGGAGGAGAGGAGAGUAGACUGAAAAAAUCAAAGAACUUAUCUGCUAAAUAUCUAUGGAUUCAGUCAUGCUAUACGUGCUAACAGACACUUGAAUACACUCCACUUUCACUCCAGUUGCAGAUGAGCCAGGACCUGUUUUACAAAAUGUUUCAUUUUUAAAACAGAAAACAAAAAGUUCAAUUUGAGCACCUAAACCGUUUUAAUCAUCUUAAAAAUUAGAAGUUGAAACAGGAAUUCCGGAAAUAUCAUGAAAGCUAUUCUAUAUUAUUGGUGUUUUGAAUUGAAUAACAAUACUUCUUUAUAAAAGUGUUUCUAUAUAAUACAGUAAAACUAUAUAAUAUGAUACAAAUACAAAUUAUACGAUGCAGUAUAGUCCUGUGUUGUAUCUUGUUCAGCGAUGAGCUACAUUCAGCCAGGUGAGGACAAUCGUAUGAUCGCCAGAAUAGUCCACAAUAAGCUUGACCAUGAUGUGCUGAAGCAAGCAGGACUUGUUUUUCUUUCUUUCUUUCUUUUCCCCUCAUGGUGCUCAGACCACACAGGGCAUCCAUUUAUCAACCAUCCUGUAAAGCGAGCGGGAGGCAUACAUAUUCAUACUCACACCUAAAGCCAAUUUAGAGUCACCUAUUAACCUUACACUUGUUCCUGUUUAGUUUGUUUUUUUGUUUUUUUCUUGGGAAUGUCGGACGAAAACCAAUCCAACACAUGCAAAGUCCACACAAAAAGGCUGCUACUGGCUGGCAGGUUCCAACCGUAUGCACUGUAGAUGCUCGCCCACUCCCUCUGCCUUAGGGUGUGACUUUGAAAUGCUCAAAUAUUCUGCUGCUGAUGCUGCUAAAAGAUACCCAAAUGAAAACACAAAGUGAACACCAUAAUAAAUGCAUAUGUUAUGUAAUCUCUUUCUUUCAGAGUGAAUAAUCCUGUACACUAAAAGGUUAUGAUAUUUAUUUUUACAGAUGUUAUCUUUAGGUUACGGAUCAUUCCCAUUUUACUAAGCAUGAAAAAGACAGAAAUACACCAGGAGAUGUAUUUAUUUUCACCACACUCAUCAAAUAGUCGUAACUUUUAACUUUUAGGCCAGCUCUCUCUUCAUGAUAUCACUGCAAUAUCUCAGUACUAACUAUAUCACUACAGUACCUUGUUAUUUAUGGGUGUAAGUUAUUUGUUUUCUUUACGUAAAACAUAUGUUGUAUGUUAAGGUGUCCCGUUUUCUUUCAAUGUAACCCACUUGGAUCUUUUACUGUGCAACUGUGGAAAUAAAGUAUU